AUGAUUCCUCUCGAGAAGCCGGGCAGCGGCGUCUCUUCCCCGGCCGUCGCCUCCGGCUCAGGUCUGGCUGGCCGGGGUCUGAGCACGCCGCGCCGGCCGCCGCCCCCGACCCAGGCCCGCGGACUGCUGACGGAGAUCCGCACCGCCGUGCGGACCGAGCCCUUUCAGGACGCCUACACCCUGACCCCCGGCCGGGAGUUGGGCAGAGGGAAAUUUGCAGUGGUGAGGAAAUGCAUAAAGAAAGAUUCUGGAAAAGAAUUUGCCGCCAAGUUCAUGAGAAAAAGAAGAAAAGGCCAAGAUUGUCGGAUGGAAAUAGUUCAUGAAAUCGCUGUACUCGAGCUAGCCCAGGACAAUCCAUGGGUCAUUAAUUUACAUGAAGUCUACGAGACACCAUCGGAAAUGAUCUUAGUUCUGGAAUAUGCUGCUGGAGGUGAAAUCUUUGACCAGUGUGUUGCAGACAGAGAUGAAGCUUUCACAGAAAAAGAUGUUCAGAGACUCAUGAGGCAGAUUUUAGAAGGUGUUUGCUUCCUACACGCUCAUGAUGUCGUUCAUCUUGAUUUGAAGCCUCAGAAUAUUCUGCUGACAAGUGAAUCUCCACUGGGUGACAUUAAGAUAGUGGAUUUUGGCCUUUCAAGAAUAAUGAAGAAGAGCGAAGAACUCCGAGAGAUCAUGGGCACUCCUGAGUAUGUGGCUCCUGAAGUUCUUAGUUACGAUCCUAUCAGCAUGGCAACAGAUAUGUGGAGCAUUGGAGUGUUAGCAUACGUCAUGCUGACCGGAAUAUCACCUUUCCUGGGUGAUGAUAAACAGGAAACUUUCCUCAACAUCUCACAGAUGAAUUUAAGUUAUUCUGAGGAAGAAUUUGACGUUGUGUCUGAGUCAGCUGUUGACUUCAUCAAGACACUUUUAGUUAAGAAACCUGAAGAUCGCGCCACUGCAGAGGAGUGUCUGAAACACCCGUGGCUGACUCAGAGCGGUGUUCAGGAGCCUGCUUUCAAGGUCAAAGGGGCCUUAGAGGCAGCACAUGCCCUCCAGGAAGCAGAUUCUGUGUCUGAAAGUAAUUCAGAUACUCAGAAGCCAGAAACCGAGGAAUCCAUCGUGACAGAGGAGCUGAUUGUAGUGACUUCGUAUACUUUAGGACAAUGCAGACAGUCUGAAAAGGAGAAGAUGGAGCAAAAGGCCAUUUCCAAACGAUUUAAAUUUGAGGAACCUUUGCUACAAGACAUUCCAGGAGAUUUUAUCUACUGA